UAGAUCAUCACGAAUUUAUACCUGCAAUAAAAGUCGACCCGCCUUGAUAUUUGGUCUGGAUCUUUUUUUCAAAAAGUUCCUUUAGUAACUGUAGCUGGAGGUACUUGCAGAACAACUACAAGAUGAAACAUAAAUAUGCAGCAGCAACCUCCAUAAUCCGCGCAAAGAAAAGAUGCUUUCUCGCUCUCUCCUUUCGAGCGAACAGAUUGCGUCUACGAGUGUGAAGAAACCUAGUGCAGCGCGAGCGCGACACCACACAAACAUAAAGGCCGACCCCGACAGUUGUACGACCAGUCUCACUGCGUCUGCGGAUAUGUCCGCAAGACAACGUCGCGGUGGAACCGCGUCUACUGCGACCGAUGGGGCACAAGACCAAGACGCUCCUAGUGAGAGCAUCCCCAGUACUGGUGGUGAUCCGUUACAGCUGCAAAAAGAAGAACCACCAGCAAGUGCUGCAUUGCAGCAGGGCGGGUUCCCGAUCAUUACCUUCCUCCGCAGGCUCGAUUCUCUCAUCAACCGGCAGAAACAACUCUUCACCAUCCUCAUUUCCCUCCUCCAUGGCCUUUUCGCUUUCGUCAUUUUGAAAAAAGUCCCCUACACGGAGAUCGACUGGAAAGCGUAUAUGGAGCAAGUAUCCCUCUUCGAGCGAGGCGAGUUUGAUUACUACAAAAUAAUCGGCAACACUGGCCCGUGUGUCUACCCAGCCGGAUUUCUGUAUCUCUUCUCGGGGUUGAAAGCGGUAACCAGGUACAAUGGAGUGUUCAGUUGGGAAGAAGAUGAGCAAACAACUACCGCGAGUGUCGACAACAACUACGCUGCAGCAGGUCGUGGCACAGGCGGCGUCACCAAUGCGGAUUCGUUGCGCCCUGUCCAGUACCUCUUUCUCUUCUUUCUCAUAACCAACACCUUUUUCGUGACCAACCUCGCCGUCACACAUCUGAAAGUCCCGAUUUACUUCACCAUUUUCCCCCUAUUCUCAAAACGCCUUUACUCCCUCACCAUGCUCCGACUCUUCAACGACCUUCCGGCCAUGAUGUUUGCGCACCAGAGCUUGUUUUUCUUCGCGGAGCGGGAGGUUUUUCUGGGGUGUGUGCUUUACAGCAUCGCAGUGUCCAUGAAGAUGAAUUUACUACUCUUCGCGCCGGGACUGGCAUGGUACCUGUUUGUUAGGGAAGAUUAUAGCACGACCACGGUGGAACAAAACGAAAAGCCACGGCUUGUGACGGCGAUAUUGCGAAUCACCAGAAACUCCAUCUUCCUUUUCCUCACCAUGGCGGCAAUCCAGCUCAUCCUCGCUGUUCCGUUUCUCUUGGCAAACCCGAAAGCCUACAUCCAUCGGUCGUUUGACUUGAGCCGGGAAUUUUUUUACAAGUGGACGGUGAACUGGAGAUUCUUGCCGGAAGAGGUGUUUUUGUCAAAACUCUGGGCGGUUUGGUUGCUGGUCUGCACGUUUGGUGGCUGGUUUCUCGUCGUGCGGAAGGUGUAUUUGUCCUCGUGGGGCGAUAGUAGAACAAGCAGAUCAACAUCGACGUCCACAACUAAAACAGUGCUGGACGACGAUAAACGCAAUGCAAAUGAUUCGGAGAUGAUGAACGGCAACGGGACACAACAGCAAGCAGCAGCUACAGAAACCUCAUCGGACUGUCGUGAAACAAAGCUCGUGAAAGCGAUGCUGUGGUCAAACUUCGCUGGCAUUGUGUUCGCCAGAACAAUAUGCAUUGUAAAAGUAUCGUAGUAGCAUGAAUUGCAUUACAAAUUAGCUCAGCAUCACAAAUGCAACUUGUAAUGCUGUUUUGCCUUAGAGAAGAUGCAUGUUUCCAGUUAGUACGAGUACGAUACUUUUGCAGAGCAUAAACAAUCCACUACCAGUUUUAUCUGUGGUAUGUCUGGAGUUUACCGUUUUUGGUCUUCGACGCGAUAGGCGGGGGUGGAACUGAUACUGCAUCAAUCUGGUCAACAGCCGCUGUGCUUUUAGUACCAUCAACAUCUAGUGCUUCCAGCAGCAGCAGGUGGCGAGCCUUGUAUUCGAUCAUACCAGCAAUCUGGAGCAACUGGGUCAAGCCGUUUCUCAUCCUGUUUCUCAUUGACCUCUGCUACAAUUGGCCGAAAGCGAGAGACUGUAGUGCGUAUGGUGCAACAGAAAUGCCGGAUUAUUGCGAGAAUCCCGCGACGGAGACAAGCUCGGCACUGCUACUGCUUUUGCACCUCUAUUUGCUUUGGAAGAAGAUUUCCCAGAGGUAGUACCUCAAACUUCAUUCCCCGUUGACGCAGAAACAACGUACUGAUACGGUCAGAAAUACUUGAGCUUCACAUUCACUCAACAACAUGCACAAAAAAAAAAAUAAACACCAAAGGCCCGCCGACAACGAAAACUUUUGUUCAG